AUGACUGGGGAAUCAACUGUAACUCAAGCCAGUGGUGGAAGUCAAACCAUUGCUGGAAAUGGUGAAACCUUCACCAGCAAUCACCCCUAUCACCUUCACAACUCAGAUUCGCCUGGAAUGAGUCUGAUCAACUCUACUUUUGAUGGAAAAGGUUUUCCAGGUUGGAGAAGGUCUAUUCUCAUUGCCCUCUCAGCCAAGAAAAAGCUUGGAUUCAUCAAUGGUGCUUGCAGAGCCCCUGUUCUGACUGCAGUGGACUAUGAGCAAUGGAGUUGCUGCAAUGACAUGGUGAUGUCAUGGUUGUUGAACUCACUAUCCAAGGAAAUAGCUGAUAGUGUGAUCUACUCUAAAACUGCUAAGGAGCUUUGGGACAGCUUGGAGCAGAGAUUUGGAAGGUCUAAUGGAGCUAAACUGUACCACCUUCAAAAAGAAUUAUCAUGUUUAGUGCAGGAAAAUAAUGAUGUUGCAGGUUACUUCACCAAGCUCAAACGACUAUGGGAUGAAUUAGACUCCCUCAAUCUGCUCACAUGUUGCAUUUGUGUGUGUACAUGUGAAGGAAAAGGAAAAUUAACUAAGGCUUUGGAAGAUCAAAGACUCAUUCAAUUCUUGAUGGGUCUGAAUGAUCUGUAUGCUCAGGCUAGAGGAACCAUCUUAAUGAUGACUCCUUUACCAACAAUUGACAGUGCAUAUGCUUUGCUUUUACAGGAUGAAAAUCACAGAGAAGGAAUUGUGCAUCCUCCUUUCUCACCUGCUGCAGCUUCUUUCAUGGCAACAGGACAAGGCAGGGGAAAUUACAAGACCAACAAUCAAACCAACAAUCAAACAUUUAGAGGAGGGCAAACAGGCCAGAGGUUUGGAUAUUCCUCUACUCAAAAAUCUGGAAAAUCAGCUCAAAGGUUUAAGCCAAGGAAAACCAAAUACAACCCAAAUGUGAGUUGUACCUAUUGUGGAAAAACAGGGCAUGUACAUGAUGAUUGUCAUAGGCUCAUAGGGUAUCCUGAUGAUUUUGAGUUUACAAAGUCAAGGAAUUUUGAAGGCACAGUGAAAGGGAAUGCAGUCAUACCAAAGGAGGAAGCUGAAGAUGUCAUUGCCCAAUAUGGAGACACAGGGAACAACAACUAUGCUCAGUACCUCAGUAAAGAACAAUACUCAAACUUGGUGCAACAAGUAAAGAAAGACAUGCACAUCAACCAAGCAAGCAGCUCGGGAUCAACCAUUAACGCUAAAGCCAUUGCUGGUACAAUCCUAAAGUAUUCAGGAUCAUGUUUUACAGUCUACAAUUCAAAUGUUUGGAUUAUUGACUCGGGUGCUUCUGAGCAUAUGUGUUUUAAUUCCAAGUCUUUUAUGUCUCUCACUCCUCUUCCUAUACCUUUGAAUAUCAGUUUGCCUAAUUCUUUCAGGAUCACUGUCACUUAUACAGGAAAUGUCAACAUUCUGCCUAAUCUUACACUCUACAAUGUCCUUCAUGUUCCAGAUUUUAAAUAUAACUUAUUGUCUGUUCAUAAGUUAUCCAAUCAUCUUCAUUGUAACAUCUUAUUUACUCCUAAUACUUGUGUCUUACAGGACCUUUCUCUGAGGAAGGAACAAGUUUUUGGUGAAGUAGGAGAUGGAUUAUAUCUACUCAAGCCCUCUAGAAAGCAAUCACAAUCUUCUAGCAAUAUAGUUUCUUUUCAAAAAGGAAGAAAUUCCAUUGUUGUUUCUAGUGAAGUAGUUUCAAUUCCCAAAGGAAAUCAUUCCAGUACUGUUUCUGUUUCAGUUGCUAAAUCUGAUUGUAUGCAUUUUUCUACUCCUAUAUUUGCUAAUGUUGUUCCUAAUGUAGCCUUAUGGCAUGUCCGGUUGGGUCAUUUGCCCUUUUCAGUAAUGAAGAAUCUUAGUUUCCUAUCUAUAAAUUCUAAUUCUCAAUACAUUUGUCCUGUUUGUCCAAAAGCUAGACAACAUAGAUUGCCCUUUCCUAUAAGUGCAAUUAAGUCCAAAGUUCUGUUUGAGUUACUACAUAUUGAUACAUGGGGACCUUACAAAACUUCAACACAUGAUGGUUAUAAUUAUUUUUUGACCAUUGUUGAUGAUUAUAGUAGGGGUACUUGGACUUUCUUGUUGAAAACUAAAAGCAAUGCUUUUCCUGUACUCAAAGAUUUCCUCGCAAUGGUGGAUAGACAGUUUGGUUUAAAAGUUAAGAAAAUCAGGUCUGAUAAUGCAAUGGAACUGGGGAGAGGAACUCAAGAGGCGGCAUUUUUCUGUUCUGCAGGAAUUAUUCAUGAAAGGUCUUGUGUUGCUACUCCACAACAAAAUGGUGUUGUGGAGAGAAAACACAAACACCUUUUGGAAUUGGCUCGAGGUUUGCUUUUCCACUCACAUCUACCUAUUCAGUAUUGGGGUGAGUGCAUUCUCACUGCCACUCACCUUGUUAACAGAUUGCCUUCUAAGGUAUUAAUGGGAAUGACACCUUAUGAAGUGAUAUUUGCUACUCCACCUGAUUAUGCCAAUUUUAAAGUUUUUGGUUGUUUGUGUUAUGUCUCCACAUUAUCUCAUGCUAGGGACAAAUUUCAGCCAAAAGCAACAGAAUGUGUUUUCAUUGGGUAUCCUCCCAAUCAGAAAGGAUACAAAAUCAUGGACUUGGUAACCAGGAAGAUCUUUGUUUCCAGAGAUGUCAAAUUUCAUGAAUCUCAUUUUCCUUUUGCGACCCAAUGUUCUUCUUCUACACCUUCCCAUUUAUUCACUGCCCCUGAUCUCCUACCAGACUCAUCAUCCUUGCCUCCUUCCUUGCCUCUUUUUGGGACUCCAAACCCUCCUGAACCUGAAUCCAUUCCCAGUUCAUCUCUUCCACGUACUUCCACUCCCGUUUCUAGUCCCACACCAGUCAGAAAAUCAGAAAGAAUCAGUCAAAAGCCUUCUUAUUUGAAGGAUUUUGUUUGUAACUCCAUUCUCCUCACAGAUGUUACUAACUCUUGUUUUGUCCAUUCCAAUAGGCCUACUGCUUUUGCCUUUGCAGCCUUAUCUAUUGGAAACCAACAAAUGUUGCAUUCAUUAUCCGUACUCACAGAACCCAAAAGUUUUGCUGAGGCUUCCAAACAUGCAGGUUGGCAGCAAGCCAUGAAGGAUGAACUUGCUGCUCUUGAACAUAAUAAGACUUGGGUUGUCACAGAGUUACCCCCUGGUAAGAAGCCUCUACCUUGUAAGUGGGUCUACAAGGUGAAACACAAUUCUGAUGGUUCUGUUGAAAGGCUUAAGGCAAGACUGGUGGUCAGGGGGGACAUACAAAGGGAAGGCAUUGAUUAUGGAGAAACUUUCUACUCCUAUAUUUGCUAA